AUUUAUAAUGUACUCCCAGGAAUAAUGGCUUACUUACCUGGACAGCACAGGAAGGUAUUAGCAGAUUGUGGAAAAAUGCAGGCCUUCAUUCGUGAGAGGGUGGAGUCCCACAGGAGGACACUGGAUCCUCAGAAUCUCCGUGACUAUAUUGAUUGCUUCCUUAUCAGGUCAGAGAAGAAACAAACCAAUCCUGAGGAUAUCUACAGCACCGAAGAGCUUGUCCAGUGCGUGUUUGGACUCUGUAUUGCUGGGACAUUAAACUGCAGCGAUGCCUUGGUCUUCAGCCUCAUGGUGAUGGCUAAAUUUCUACACAUUCAAGGAAUGCUUUCCAUUGCAGCGAAAGUUCAGCGGGAGAUUGAUGAGGUAGUAGGUGCCAACCGCAUCCCUGGCAUGGACGAUUGGGUGAGGUUGCCCUACACCAAUGCCGUUAUCCAUGAGACUCAACGAUUUGAAAAAGGGUCCCUUGAGGGCUUCCCACGUGCAACGACGUGUCGUACAGAGUUCCGGGGCUACAUCAUCCCUCAGUCCACCACUGUGGUUCCAAUGCUCACAACUGUGCACUAUGACCCACUCCAGUGGGAGACUCCAGAAAAGUUUAACCCAGGACAUUUCUUGGAUGAGAAGGGUCAGUUCCGGAAAAGAUAUGCCUUCAUGCCUUUUUCUGCAGGAAAACGGGCAUGCCCAGGGGAAGCCCUGGCUCGGAUGGAACUGUUCCUGUUCUUCUCUGUUCUGCUCCAGAACUUCACCCUCCAGCUGGUGGGAGAUUUCAAAGAAAAGGAUGUAAAAUCUUUUCAUAUGCAGUACAAAAUGAAGAGCGCAUGCUUACAAAUGCAAGCCAUUAGACGUUCUAAGUGAUCCAGUGAGGUAAACUAA